AUUCAUAUGGAGAUGUGGGACUAUAAAUAGGAGGGAUGAAGCCAGCAGAGAUCAGAUUCUCUCUACAGAGACCUCUACAGCUCAGAGAUCCAGCCAUGGCACCUACAAUCACUGCAGCAAUGACCAAUUCUCAGGAGCAUCUGACUCUGACCCACAAGCUCAGAAAGCCUCUGGUGGAGAAGUUACGCAGAGAGCGAAUCAACAGCAGCAUUGAGCAGCUCAAGUCUCUCCUGGGUCCAGAGUUCCUCAAACAGCAGCCAGACUCCAAGCUGGAGAAAGCAGACAUCCUGGAGAUGACCGUUUGUGUCCUGAGACGACUGCAGCAGCAGCAGCAUCAAGCUGUGGACUCAGCAGCUGUUGAUCAGGGCUACUCCAGGUGUGUCCAAGAGGUGGAACACUUCCUGUCCAAGGAACAGGUGAAGACACAGUCCCAGAGAAGACUUCUGACCGACUUCAACAAGCUGCAGUCUUCCUCUGAUAAGAACCUGAGAGAGGCUGACUUCUCUCUUCUGAGCUCCACAGUCCAGACCAGCAUCACCACAGAGAAGAGUGCAGCCCACAGCGCCCCCUGGAGGCCGUGGUAGACACCUACAGACUGGAGUGACUACCAGACAAACUGAGACGACCACAUUGGUCAAAGAUUACUGGACUGAAUUCUGUGAAAUUUUAUGGACUUGUUCUUCUGUAUGAACAGAAGCUGUAUUUUGUGUGUUUUCUUUGUGCAAGAUGACAUUUCCUGAGGAAAUGACAGCAACAAUAUCUUUCAAGUUAAGAAAGAGAACAUCUUGUCAUGCAUGAUGCAUGAACCAAAUCUGAUUGCAUCAGCAAUUAUUAUCUUGCCUCACUGUACUUCCAGUUUUGGAAGUAUAUAAUGCUAUGGUAACAUUGUUAUCUUUUGAUUGUUAUUGAUCA